UUUCAUAUAGGCUAUGACACAGACUUGUAUAGUAAGAAGACUAGCAUACAUUAGAAAUGGAGAUCUGGGUUACAACUAAGAUUGAGCCCAACAUGUUGUCGUGGGGCAGCAAGGUCUUCUUAUCAGUGGAUAUGACACCACUCACUGGCAACGAUUUUAUGUUUUCGUUUAUGGCUACAAGUUUCUUCAUUGAUGAAGAGAAGAAAAUCGCUGUGGUUUUUAAUCAAAGCAAAGACAGGAAGCACAACACAGCUUUCAUCAUUGGACAGGAUGGAUCCUUGAAAGAAGUGGAUCUUGGAGAAGUUCGAAACAGAGAUCUCAAACCACUUGUGUCCUCUUAUGUUCCAAGUUCAAUGCAACUUGAAUAGUGCAUUUUACAAAACCCAUAAUCUAUUUCUUGCACUUUUACUUGUUUCUUUU